AUCGUAUCCAAAAAGUCAUCAUGCACACAGCAACAAAGCUACUCUACCAGAAUGUUAUGCAAGUUGACAGUGGACCGCUCUCUGCUUACAUUAUAUCUGAAUCGAACUUGAUCGAAGAGCAACACCAGUUGUGCAAUCUGCUAGAAAGGAACGAGGGACGUGCCCUUGGCCUUGCUGGCGAAUUCGCACCAACUGGAGAGCUCGCGAUGCUUGCAAUCGCAGACACGUCUACGAUUGUCAUCAUCGAAUUCGAGUUAAACUCGAAGAAGAGCAAGGGCAACGAACGCCCUGUCACACCCGCCAGCAAGGUAGACAACACUGCCACUCGGGAGUUUUUGACACAAAACCUCCUCCGCCGCACCACCGGAUUUUUAUACGCAUUUAACAUUGCACCAAUUGCCCUUGCUCUAUUUCAAACACUUGAUCUUCGAAUCGCAAAUGCGAUCGAUAUGCAGUGCGCAGGAUCGAAGACACGUGCCCCGCUCGCCACCGUUAAACAGGCUGUUGGUGAUCUUCAUUGUGUAUACGAUGUAAACAUCAACAAUCUAUUCCGCAAUGAUACCAUCGAUCACCUACCCGCUGCUAAGAAUGCCAGCACUACUUCACUUGCACUACGUGCAUGGAUCGCCACACUAUGUCUCGCAACUCUCGACCAUGGAGGAUCGUCUCGCGCAGGUGCCCCCAGUGGACACCUUCCGGCUCUCUGAUGAGGUAUUGGAAUUCCUCGCGAAGAGCUCUAAGGAUUCGUUCCGGCUCGAGCAGAAGAAGCCGACCGAGGUCACACGCCAGUUCACCACUUCUAUCGAUCAUGAGAACAAUCACAUCGAUGCCCGAGCCGACAGAUACCGGAAUAAAAUUCGUAAGGGCCACCAUCAGGCAUGUCGUUCGCGUGUCCACGCCGUGCUUUACUUGACAACUAAUUUUCUUAGCGUGCAUUCAUU